AGUGACUGCAGAGCACAUGACCCUUCGGGCCUUCGACAGUUGAUCCGGAAAUAUAAAAAAAUAAAAGGAAGGUGAAGUCAUUCAACACACCCAGAAAUGCACCCCUGCCGGGCCUUAUAUCCAGCCAGACUACCUACCCCAUGUUCCCUGCUCCCUCAGUUUGGCCAUUCUCCACCGCUCACUUACUUUACCUCUACUCUUCUUUGCCUUCGUCUCACUCCAGCUUCAAUUCCAGACUCUCUCCCUGCUGCCACUCUCAGAUACCCAAUCACUGACCUUCGUGUUCCUCGCCGCCGACGAGUGACGUCAGCUCCCGCCGCUAUGCUUCCGGAAAACGCGGUCGCCGCUGAUAUCUGCGCCACCGCCAUUUCCGGUGGUGUGGCUACUUUCUUUCUUCUGUUGUGGGAACAAACCGCCAAACGCGGGGUCUUCGAUCAGAAACUCAACAGGAAGCUAGUGCAUAUCAGCAUUGGCCUUGUUUUUAUGCUUUGCUGGCCGCUAUUCAGUUCGGGCUACCAAGGAGCACUUUUAGCAUCUCUUAUUCCAGGCCUUAAUAUCAUACGAAUGCUUCUACUGGGACUUGGAAUAAUGAAAGAUGAAGCAACAGUGAAGUCGAUGAGCAGAUAUAAUGACUAUAGGGAACUUCUCAAGGGACCACUCUACUACGCCACAGCCAUAACUUGGGCUUGUGUAGUCUAUUAUAGAACUUCCCCUGUUGCAAUUGCAUUAAUAUGCAACCUGUGUGCUGGAGAUGGGUUAGCAGACGUUGUUGGUAGGCGUUUUGGUACCCAAAAAAUACCAUAUAACAGAAACAAAUCUAUAGCUGGUAGUGUGGCGAUGGCAUCUGCUGGUUUUCUAUCAUCUAUUGGGUAUAUGUACUAUUUCUCUAAGUUUGGAUUUGUUGACAAGAGCUGGGACAUGGUUUUGGGUUUUUUGGUUGUGUCUCUUGCUUCAGCACUGGUGGAAUCACUUCCCAUAAGCACCGAGCUUGAUGACAACCUAACAGUUCCACUUACUUCUAUACUAGUUGGUAGUUUUAUUUUCUGAUUUGCUUAGUCCUAGCUUGUAGAUAGCAGAUUGUAGGGAAUGCAAUGAAUUGCAUUUGGCAAACUUGAUUGAAUGUUGUAUGAAUGUAGGCUAUGUGUACUCACUCUAGCAUAGUUUCUCCUUAGUUUGACAGACAAAAAAAAGGAUGAAACUUUGAUACUCUAGAUCUCGGAAAUUCAGAUGACGAUGCAGGUGACUUACCAACCCUGCAUGGUUGAUUCUUGUAUUGUGAAACAUUUAGUGUGAUCAAUGCUAUAUUUUCAUUUUUUUUCCC